CUCUGCCUCUGUUCAAUCAGCAUUCCCAUAAAGCAGUCGGUCGGCAAAUCAUAUAUAAGAUCGCGCAACACAUCAGUAUACAUACGACAACAACUGUAGCUCGUGUCAAGCUACAGCAUGUGAACGAUGGCGGUGACACCUGAAGAAACGACGGCCUGAGGUGUCGACAUGUCUGACAAAGCCUGCAGCUUUUUUCGUGUUCAUGUGUCAUGCUUCCGCGUCGAGUGAUGCUGAGAUACGUCUGCAACGUGAACGCAAGUGUGGCUAUGUACCUGUCAGCGUCUCGACGCGAAGAUGCCUGCGAUGUAUGUGUCGCGCGAAGAGUCUUCGAAACGCGCCCUCGAGUGCAGAUCGUCUUCCUCAUUCGCGACUUGUGCUUGAGGCGGUACAAGCCAGAGGCACGGGAGAAUCAUAAGGAUAGUGCAUAUUUGGUGGUUAUGGUGGGAGGUGUGCUGGUCUUGCCUACGAAACGAGCGUGCAUUGAGUACUCACCCGUCGUCGGCCAUGUUGCGAUCAUAGCCUCAAGGUGGCAGUUACAUUUGCUGGUCUUGCCGACGAAACGAGCGUGCAUUGAGUACUCACCCGUCGUCGGCCAUGUUGCGAUCAUAGCCUCAAGGUGGCAGUACCGUACGCCUCCCUAGGUUCCCUGCAAUGCCCAUGCUGCGACACAUGGCACACUUGUAGGCGAGUAAGGAUCCUCGACGACUCUUGGUCCGGCAGUACAUUUGCUGGUCUUGCCUACGAAACGAGCGUGCAUUGAGUACUCACCCGUCGUCGGCCAUGUUGCGAUCAUA